AUGGCCGACUUACUUGGUCACGGAGACGUGCCGUCUCGAGGCAUAGAUCCAGCUCUCGUUGAGAGCAUGAUCUAUGAAUCCCAGGCUCAUGAUAUAGCUCCUCACGGGAAUAUGGGAAGCUUCGUCGCCACUGCUUGCAGCGAAACGGCCCAGAACCUUACCAAAUCGGAUUUCCAGAAGAACUAG